GACCAAAGGGAGCAGGAGAUGCAGGAGAUGAAAUAUUGAAAGAGAGAGGCUACAAAAGCAGCAGAGGUUUAUAUAGAGGGGGUUUGGGAACCCUAGUUUGGACCUUAGAGUUGGGCCAUUACAGUGAUCACGGGCUUGAAGUUUUAAAGCCCACUUUUGCUCCAAAGUCACAGCGCAUACUCCUAAACCCUGAUCACAGCGAAGAAACGCAAAAACCAAAACAACAUGGCAACAACAAAAACCUCCAUUGCCAAAACCAUAGCCAAGCUCUAUACUUGUAAUAGUAAUAGUGGGUCCCUCUCUUCCAUUCCCAAUCAUUUGGGUUCAUUUCAGUCUUCUUCCUUGUUCAGCUCCUCCUCUACUUCUGCAGCUUCCUCAGUAGCCGAGUCUCAAGCAACAGUCUCGUCCCAAGCUCCAGAGAGGGAAAGGUCUAGAUGGUCGAAAUGGCUGCUGUUUCUUCCUGGAGCUAUUACUUUUGGCCUUGGAACUUGGCAGAUUGUCAGAAGGCAAGAAAAGAUAAAAAUGCUAGACUAUAGAAGGACAAGGUUGGAGAUGGAACCUUUGAAAUUCAACAGUGUUUCUCCAUCAAGUGAAGAAUUGGAUAAUUUGGAGUUUAGAAGGGUGUUAUGCAAGGGACAUUUUGAUGAGAGCAGGUCAAUCUAUGUGGGCCCUCGUUCAAGAAGCAUAUCAGGAGUUACUGAAAAUGGCUACUAUGUCAUUACACCCCUUUUGCCAAUUUCUGACAAAGCUGAGAGUUCACAGCCUCCAAUAUUGGUCAACAGAGGAUGGGUCCCCCGCAGUUGGAAAGAUAAGUCUUCAGAACUUUCACAAGAUGAUGAACAACCUUCUAACAUAACGCCAACUGUUGUCAAAAAGGAGGAAAGAGCAUCUUGGUGGAGGUUCUGGUUAAAGAAGCCUAAAGUUGUUGAGGAUCACCCCCCUACACGUGCUCCUGAUGAAGUUGUUGGAGUAAUACGAGGGAGUGAAAAGCCUAGUAUAUUUGUUCCACCAAAUGAUCCAAACUCUGGCCAGUGGUUCUAUGUUGAUGUUCCUGCAAUUGCUCGUACUUGUGGACUUCCUGAGGAUACUAUUUACAUUGAAGACAUACAUGAAGAUGUCAAUCCGAGUAACCCGUAUCCGCUUCCAAAAGAUGGCAGUACCUUGAUUCGGAGUUCAGUCAUGCCUCAGGACCAUCUAAAUUAUACUUUGACAUGGUAUUCUCUCUCUGCAGCAGUUACGUUUAUGGCUUUCAUGAGACUAAGACCAAAAAAGAUCCGCAGAUAACAGAGACUCCAUUGAGUGACAUCCACAACUUUUUAGAACACGAGAAAUGAGAAACUCUUGUGUUUCAUCCCUUUUUCCUUCUUUGAUUUCAUGAGGGAAGAGGUCUUGUGGGAAGAAGUAAAGAAACCAUAUGUGAAAUUGACUGCUGUAAUGUGACCUUCUAGGAUGUUUGGGAACAAGGGAAGGCCAAAGUUUUGAUCGUAAAGUUUAAGUUUAGAAGUUUUCAGUGAAGUCACGGUUUUCGGUUGUUACCAUCUUCAUCUUGCGGCAUAAUAAAGAAGAAAGCAUUCAUUCAUGUUGGUCGGACAAUGAUACAAAAAAUUCAUUUGUGAUUCCUUUUGCCCAUGUGAUGCUCUGCAUUCUUGUAUUAGAUUGUAACCAUCUUCAACAAUUUCAGUCAUUCACCCCUUUUGGAUUUUACAUUAACUAUUUAUACCAUGCCAAAUCUCCGAUCUAAGUUGCAGGACUAAUUUCUGUCCAUGGCCAGCGUCAGAACCCAAAAAUAAAAUGAUCUCUAUCGUUAGAAUAAAACAAGAAUUUACCGGAAACAAAAACUGGAGCUGAACAGGGGAAGGUCAAGAGCUCUAGGACUCAAUUUCAUUUGAUGUAUGCACUGUACAAAAUGGUACGCGACAAGAGAACUGCUGAAUGGAUACAAAUCAAAGAAUUCCUAGACUCGCUAUUAUAGGCAACCAAAUGGGAAAACAAAACCCUAUCAGAAAGAAUAAAAUGAAUACGAAACUAAAAAAAA